ACUCAUGCUGUUUUGUAUCGUUUAGCAUAUACAGGCUAUGCAUUUAGCACAAAAGUUACGUUUUAUUCAUCCUGGUUGUGUUAUGUGAGAAGUUAGUCGACCACGCUUUAUGGUGGAUAACGUAUUGCCUGCGAUUCAACUGAACUGCACCGACAUUUGUUUAAUUUUUGCCUUUGAUAUUAGCUAAACCAAACACCAUGAUCUGUGUGUGUGGCUGCUAGCUGACUCUACGGGAUGUUAAACAUGUGCUCUGACUGUUGGGUCUGCAUUCUUCAGCACUGAUCUUUCAACAUUUAAAGAACAAGCAUGAGCAGUCUGGAUCAAGAACAGCGUCUCCAUCCUCCAUGCCGUGACAAAACAACAGUCUCCAGUGAUUCAUCAGACAUUCAUGAGCUUGCCAAGCAGCCUCUCCAAGGUCUAAAAUUGGCAUCACAUGCAGUGCUGGAGAAAGCACAGCAAGGGGGCAGGUUGAAGUGCGCUAAAUGUGGGGGAUCAAGGAUGUUCUUCUGCUACACAUGCUGCUCAUUAGUGGGUGUCAGUAUAGAAGAAGUCCCCUCAAUCAAGCUUCCUGUCAAGAUAGACAUCAUCAAGCACCCCAAUGAGACAGACGGCAAGAGCACUGCAAUUCAUGCCAAGAUCCUUGCACCUAAUGAUGUCACCAUAUACACUUACCCCUGCAUACCUGAAUAUGAAAAGGAAAAGGUAGUGUUGGUGUUCCCUGGUCCACAGGCAGUCACAGUGCAAGACAUGAUUCAGUGUUUGCUUGACAGGACUGACAGCAGGUCACAUGACUUCUCUGAUGGACCCUGCCUAAAGAGGCUGAAAAAUGAUGAAGCUCAUGAUGCCACACACAGUGCAGAGGACCCAGGGUCAGGGACCCCAGAUGAGGCAACAAGCUUGGAGUCAAGGGUGUAUCCCCUCCAGAGGGUGGUCUUCAUUGACAGCACAUGGAACCAAACCACCAAGAUCAGCACAGACGAGAGACUUCAAGAUUUGCUCAAGGUGGAGCUGAAGAUGAGGAAAACAUGUUUCUGGCGCCGUCAGAAAGGCAAACCAGACUCUUACCUUGCUACUAUUGAAGCCAUUUACUAUUUCCUCAAGGACUUCCAUGAGAAUUGCCUUGCUCAGGAGUACACGGGAGAGUACGAUAAUCUUCUCUUCUUCUACACCUACCUGCACUCAGUUGUCAACAAAGCCAAGAUCUCAGCUGGAAAGUGUUGAAGAAUGCUAUG